GUUGUUAAUUACAUUUCGCGCUUCGCCGCUGCUUUCAGACUUCCAUGGCAAUCCCGCCAUAAAAUCACUGAACCAAAAUUGAUUUUCUUCACGGGGAGAGAGAGAGAGAGAGAGAGAGAUCGGAGAUGGAGUUCAGUAUAAGCGGCAACGCGCUAAAGUCUUUCGCUAGAUCCAUAAUCUGCCUCGCACGCGUCGGCAACGAGCUCGUCGUUCAAGCUUCCCCCACACAGCUGGGAUUGCACACUUUGAACGCUUCGCGUUCUGCGUAUCAGUCCAUCACAUUGGAGUCGAGUUUCUUUGAUGCUUAUGCUGUUCAAGGUCCUCAAGCUCAUUUCAGCGUCCUUUUGAAGGCUGUUUGUUCUGUUCUUAGGACCCCUGUCGCUAGCAUUGAUCAUAUGAGUGUGCAGUUGCCAGAUCAUGACGCGUCUAAAGUCAAAUGGGCAUUGGAAUGUUACAGUGGUAUGAAGAAAACAUAUUGGAUUACUUGCAAUGUGGAACCAGAUAUACAGCAUCUGUCGCUUGAUAGGAGAAGGUUUCCGAGUAGUUUAGUUGUGCAUCCUCGGAAUCUGAGCAAGUUGCUUGGAAACUUUCAGUCAUCCCUCCAAGAGAUUACAAUAAUCGCUACAGACCAAACUUCUUUCCCCUCUGAUGCUGCUAGUGAAAUUGGUGGGAAAGCUGUUGAGUUCCAGAGCUAUGUGGAUCCGACCAAAGAUGGUGACUCUUUGUUACAUACUAAGCUAUGGAUAGAUCCAUCAGAAGAAUUUUUGCAGUAUACUCACGCAGGUGAUCCUAUUGACAUCACAUUUUCUUUGAAGGAACUGAAGGCCUUUCUUUCAUUCUGUGAGGGCUGUGAAGCUGACAUUCAUCUCUUUUUCGAAAAAGCUGGCGAGCCAAUACUGAUGGCUCCAAAAUUUGGGUUGGGUGAUGGGUCAAGCUCAAGUUUUGAUGCCACACUCGUUCUCGCGACGAUGCUUGUGUCUCAGCUUCAGGAAGGGGUUCCUCCAGGACCUCCGGAAGCAGCGAACUCCACAGGCGGCAAUGCUGCCGAGCAAGUGGGAUCAGAGCCUCAAGAACGGUCAAGACAGAGUGCAUUUGAGCAACCAUCUGAUCACACACGAGUUUGGUCUGAACUUUCAGGAACUGGCACUAAGAGCAUUAGCGGUUCUGAAGAGAGGCCACAGGCUCAGGGACAACAAGACGUGAAUAUCCAAAGAAUCAGAGAGAUGGACAUAUCAAAAGGUGGAGCACCAGCUGGAGACAAUGCUCCCGGACCUUCUAACUCCCAACGUCCCACACAGAUGGAUCACGCGGAAGGAUCUCGAGUACGAGCUGAGAACAACCAAAGCUUCUCCCAACGUCAUCCUAGUAAUUGGGUAGACGCAAGUGAGGAUGAAGACGAGGACGACGAGGACGGUGUUGAGGCGACGCCACCUCACAACGAAGAUUACUAACUCAAAAGUCUCUUCCCCUAACUUACCAAGUUGCAUCUUGGCCGAUAGAGCGAUAAUGAAAAGGACAAACCGGUCAACCAUCUGCUGCCUAGCGAUGCCCAUUAAUAAUUACGUAAAAGGCAUUAUCUAGCUUUUCGGCUCUCUGAUGCAAAAUAAAUUAAACAUUUGUGAGGGUUACUUGAAACUUGUAAUAACACUGUGCAUAACAAAUAAUUUGUCCAUUCAAGACCCAAGUUUCUAUUGUUAAAUGCAUAUUAUUUGUUAAAAGAAUGAUGUUAAAUGUUGCAAUGAAACCAAAUUGUAAUUUUCAGAUUUAAUGUUGAAGCCGUCCUAAUUAA